AUGCCAUCCCAUGGCUGGAAUUCAGUGGACGCAGCUGCUGUAUCAGCGCCCCAAAAAUUGGCUGCUCCGUUCAGCAUAAAUAGCGGGGCCGCCCGCGCCGGCCGCAGAGCGGGACCGCGCCGGGAGAGGUAGCGGCGGCGCGGCACAAUGACUGAGCAACAAAGUCCCCCCGAGCAGAUGGCGACUGGGGAGGGUGCUGGCGAGCGAGGCGGCAACUACAAGAUCACCAUCUACGAGCUGGAGAACUUCCAGGGGAAGAGGUGCGAGCUGACGGAGGAGCUGCCCAACAUCGCCGAGAAAGACCUGGAGAAGGUGGGCUCCAUCCAGGUGGAGUCGGGCCCGUGGCUGGGUUUUGAGCGGCAAGCCUACGCCGGGGAGCAGUUUGUGCUGGAGAAGGGCGAUUACCCCCGCUGGGACUCCUGG